CAUAAGAUGACUCGAAUAAGCAUAAUAAUAUACUGGACUACACAUAAAAAUUUGGCAGCACAUUACAUAAGCUAAAAGUUAGUGUCAAUGUGAGCCGCACAGCAACAAAAUAAGUUACACAAUGCUUCAAGUGUGGCGUUUUGUAAUUGAUAAUUUUAUUGCAAAAUGAUAUAACCUCCAAGAAAUUUGCUAUCUCUAUAAAUAUAAUGAAGAAUUAUACUAAAGAAAUCAAAACUAGUUAACAGGAAUCAUUAAAGCAAAUAUGACUGGUAAAAAGCCUAAUUUUCUUAUCAUUGUUGCUGAUGAUUUAGGAUUUACUGAUACUAGUCCUUUUGGGGGAGAGAUUCAUACCCCAAAUUUGGAUAAAUUAGCUAAAAGAGGUGUUAGAUUAACUGAUUUUCAUACAGCUUCAGCAUGUUCACCUACUAGAUCUAUGCUCUUAUCUGGUACUGAUAACCAUAUUGCUGGUUUAGGUCAAAUGGCAGAAUUUGCUGCUAGACAUCCUGAAAAAUUUGGUGGGAAAAAGGGAUAUGAAGGAUAUCUUAAUGAUAAUGUUGUAAGUUUGGCAGAAAUAGUUAAAGAAAAAGGUGAUUAUUAUACUUUUAUUUCUGGGAAAUGGCAUCUUGGUCUUUUGCCUGAUUAUUGGCCAAUUAAAAGAGGUUUUGAAAAAUCAUUCACUCUUUUACCUGGUGCUGGGAAUCACUAUAAAAGAAUCAUCAAAGAUGAAAAUGGUGAAGAAAUUAAGUUCUUACCAAAUAUUUAUGAAAAAGAUGGUCAAUCAGUUGAUGCAGAAAAGGAAUUACCUCAAGACUUUUAUUCAACCAACUAUUUUACUGAUAAAGCAUUAGAAUUCAUUAAUCAUCCACAAAGAGAUGAUAGACCAUUUUUGGGCCUUUUAACGUACACUGCUCCCCAUUGGCCAUACCAAGCUCCACCAGAAAUUAUUGCUAAAUAUAAGGGAAAAUAUAAUGGUGGUCCACAAGAAUUAAGGAAGCAAAGAUUAGCUGCUGCUGUAAGGCAAGGGAUUAUUCCUGAAGGCAUAACACCUCAUCCUAUCAAGACCGUCAGAAAAACAUGGGAUGAAUUAACUGAUCAUGAAAAGGAAAUUGAAUCUAGAAUUAUGGAGACAUAUGCUGCUAUGGUUGAAAUAUUAGAUUACAACAUCGGCAGAGUUCUUGAUGCUCUUGAAGAAUCUGGAGAAUUAGAAAAUACAUUUAUUGUAUUUAUGUCGGAUAAUGGUGCUGAAGGAAUGUUAAUGGAAGCUCUUCCUUUAACUAACUUAAGAUUUAAUACUUUUAUUGAAAAGUACUAUAAUAAUUCUUUAGAGAAUAUUGGUAAAGGAGAUUCAUUUGUAUUUUAUGGAGAUCAAUGGGCUCAAGCUGCUACUUCUCCUCAUUCAAUGUAUAAGAUGUGGUCUACUGAAGGAGCAAUUGUAUGUCCAUUAAUUGUUCAUUACCCUCCUGUUAUUAAUGAGUCCAGACAAGGUAAAAUUUUAGAUGGUUUUGCAACUGUAAUGGAUAUUUUACCAACAAUCUUAGAUUUAGCAGGAUUAGAACAUCCAGGAUCUGAAUGGAAAGGUCGAAAAGUUGCCAUCCCAAGAGGUAAAUCUUGGAAAUUAUAUUUGGGUGGUGAAUCUGAUGAAAUUCACUCGGAAACUACUGUUACUGGUUGGGAAUUAUUUGGUCAACAAGCUAUUAGACAAGGAGAGUAUAAAGCAAUUUACAUUCCUGCUCCUUUUGGACCUGAAAAAUGGCAAUUGUUCAAUAUAAAAAAGGAUCCUGGAGAAACUAGAGAUUUAGCUAAAAUUGAACCUAAAGUAUUAUCUUCCCUUGUUGAUCAUUGGGCAGUAUAUGCAGCUGAAACUGGUUUAAUUGAAUUUGGAAGUGACUUUUUCGAAAAAGAAAAGCUUGAAGGUGAAGAUAAUGAACUUGUUUAUAGAACAAUUGUAGAUAAUUAGAUAUUAAUUUAUUUCUAUACAUUCUAAUUUACACAUUAUACAUGAUUAACUUUUGAUUUUUCUCUUCUUAUGUUUUGGUUCCUCUGCUGGUAUCCAAAUAUCAUAUCUAUCAUCUUGAGGAGUUGUUGGCCCAUUUUUGUCAUUAAACACUUCUCUUCUCCAUU